AUGGAAACCCCUUUCGACCAGAAAAUAAAUGUUGUAUACCUCGACGAAAGUCGCAGAACUCCUGUGCAUCGUGCUGCUCUGGAUGGUAAGCACGAACAGGUGGAAGAAAAAGUACGAGUCGCCUCUGGCCUGGAUGACCAAGAUGAACAAGAAAGGACCCCACUGCAUGAUGCGACCGAACACGGACACAGGUACCUUUGUCUGGUUUAUCUCAAAGAGAUUUAAGGUUAAGUGUCAUAAUGUGAAACGUAUGAUUCCGAACAAAUGCCACAGUUGGUGAAGCCAAACACACUUUUCGUCCCCUUUGAUUCUGAUCAGCGAAAAUAAUACUUACUGUAAAAUCUACAGGUUGCAGUGGAUGCGUAGUUAUUAACAAGAGGGUCUUGAUGGGGUGUAGCUUUCACGGCUAACGCUUAAAAAUAUUGGCCAAUCUAUGGCUAAUGGUUAAAUUUUUAUUCUUCACGGCUAACUCCAUUUGGCCGAUUGGCGGUCAAUGGUUACCGCCAUUGAGACCCUAUUUCUAAAAUCAAACGGUAGAAUUCUCAAAAAGUUUUAAAUUUAGCGAUUUUAAAAGAAUGAUUAAUUGAUAAAGGGAAGUAUAAGAAUUGACAACUGAAGUAAAUGAAAGGGCUACACUGGAAAAAAUAAAGUAAGUUCAUUGCUUUCUGUUGUAUGAGAAACGGUGGCCAAAGGGUUGAAGUUCUGGUUUCUAUCCUUGGCAUGGUUGCUGUGUUGUGUUCCAGUACAAGACACUUGCAUCUCCCACAGCGCCUUUCUCCAACAAAAGUUAUAUAUGGGUACCGUUGAACUGUCAGAGAAACCUGACAAAACGUUAUAGGGGUCAAGGGGGGAGGGGGGUAGCCCGAGAUGGGCUAUCAUACCCUUCUGGGGGUAUAGCCAAUGCUUGUGCUUGCUCUAUGCUACGGCUGCCACGAUAAGUUUCGACUGACAGGGCACCAAACAUGAGAGCAGAUUUCAUCCUUAUUAUUCUAAAGGGAUAACUAAUGUUACAAGUUCCCUUUUUUCACGAGGAAUUGAAUUUGAGACCAUUAGUCUUUAAUCCACCAUUUCAACUGUUCGGUUGCGUUUUCUCUUGGAAAAAAUGAAAAUAAUAUUAAACAUUGAACCCACACAAAGCGUAGAUGUUUGAGUUUUCGUUUUCUACAUGCAGGAAAGUUUGCCACACUCUGUUACAACAUGGCGCUAACUCUUCUAUGAAGGACAGAGAACACUGGACACCACUAAUGAGUGCAUCAGACCUGGGCAAGGAACAGUCGUGCCAAGAUAUACUCACUGUUAAUCCCGAGACUGAUGACGUGAAUAUGGAUGGAGAAACAGCAUUGCAUAUUGCGUGUAGGAGAGGAAAUGUGGGUGUUGUCAAUCUGCUAAUGGAUUACGGGGCAAGUUUGAAUGUUUGUAACAAAGAUGGUGUAACGUGUUUUGAGACAGCCGCCAAGUCAGGAAAGAGCGAAGUUGUGUUUGCAAUGAUAAAGCAUAAAAGGUAUGAACGAUCUCUCCAGACUGAGCUGUUAUCUAUCAGUUAAACUCACAGUUUUAAUGGCAGGAAGUGAGAGACUCGACUUGCACAUGACAGCCGAAAAGUAAGAGUACAGAAGAGCGUAAGUAAAGUUGGGCAAGCUGGGCUAUGAAACGGUCUCCUCUUCGUUUUGGUGCUACGAUUAAGACGUUUUUCUUGCGUUAUAUUUUAAGAUAGCUAAAAAUGGUUAAGUAAAUUUUCAAAACCAAGUCUUAGAUGGAACGUAGCUUUAAUGCCAUUCUUUCCUCUGUUUUCUUGUAUCCAUGGAAAUUUUAGACUCUUUCUCAAAUAACAGUCGUAAUUAUUUUUCUGACACAUAAGGUCACUUCAGCAGAGCCAAAGCCUCUUAGAAACACCCUUAUGUUUAACCUUAUGUAAGUUUCACCCCAAGCUAAGCUCGGUUCCCCCUUUUUUUUAAUUGAAUUGCAAAGUUUUACUAAAAAUCUCAGACGAACUAACCCAGGAUCUCCUGCACUUUGUUAUAGCUGGAGAUUUUUUGAUACGUUUUGUUAAGGAAACACACGAAAAGUGUGUUAGUGUCCAUUUAUUAAUAAUUAGUAUUUUAGGAUAAACCUCUUUAUGAGCCAUCUUGAGCUUCCUUCCUCGGACAACCUAAAGAAAAUCUGUCUAGGUUAAGAUAUAAUUUCAAAAUGUAUUAGACUUAGGGGUCAUAUGAUUGAUUGAGUUUGGUCGGGCGCACUGGUAAAUAUUUGACUCUGACUCUGUUUUACUGCUUCUGAACAGAUGGAUGGAAAUAAUGGAACACAAGGAUAAGAACGGCCUUACCCCCAUGAAGCUUCUCAUAAAACACUUCCCAGAGAGUGCACAGCUGGUCAUGGAUUACUGCAUUGAUCGAUCAGAGACAGAAAGUUCCGAUGAUCCAAAUUUUACCGUUACUUGCAACCUCCGUUUCCUAGACCCCACUCCUACUGACACUACUUACUUGAGAGAAAGCCUUUUCUUUGGACCGAGCACCAUGGUGAAACACGAGCGUAGAGAAUUACUCGAUCAUCCUUUGACACAGGUCUUGCUGAAUAAGAAGUGGUCUUCUUUCGGGCGUUUGGUGUUCUUCUUUAACUUUAUGUUCUAUUUUGUCUUUGUUGUCAUGAUUACAGCUUUCUUAAUCCGAUUCAUGCAGAACGGUGACAAAGAAUUGGGAGAUUAUUUUAUUUAUGUAUAUCCAAUAGCAUUUUUACUUAUAGGCGUCCAGUUCACCAAGGAAGUUAUUGUAAUACUUGUCCAGAGGCUUCAGUAUUUCACCACUUUAAGCAAUCUCACUGAAUGGUUACUCUACAGUACGACGACUUCAUUCAUGGUGUCACUUUUCAUUUUCGAUCUAAUAUUUUCGUUAUCCGGCCGUGAUAAGCGUGAUAUUGUUUAUCCACAAUUCAUCUGGGUGUUGGCUGCCAUUUCGAUUUUCCUUUGCUAUGCGAACCUAGUCUUGGUUCUUCGUCGGUUGAGUCUGGUUGGAAUCUAUGUCACCAUGUUUAUAGAGGUCACUAAGUCGGUUUUAAAAGUACUUCUGAUCUUCUUUGUCUUGUUCUUUGGGUUCUCCAUGGUGUUCUACGUCCUCUUUAAAUCAGAGGUAAGAUGAAAUAAGAGAUAAGUGUGAAUGUGAGUAAAUUUGCUUCUGUUUGUGAUUUAUGUGAGUUUUUUCCCUUUUUUAUCAUGCUCGUAAUCUAAAACUGAAAGUAAAAAUAUUCCUCAUCCUGUACCUUUUCGCGCCGUUUAUUGACUUGCUCAAUAGCAACAAGCCUGACAGAUUUGGUUACAGUAAUUUUCAGUGCGCUUUGACGACAUAUAAAGCUCGCUCGGUCUCGUCAAGGGUAUCUUGGAAUCAUGACUCAACUAAAAUCGCCUCAUUUAUAGUAAACGAAAUAUACAGUAAUAGUAAACAAUUAACAAAAGUCCAUUAAAUUGUCCGGGUUUGCCAUACGGAUCGAUUCCCUUCAGCAAUACGGUUAUGGAAAAGGAAUGAGCAUUGGCUAUAGCGCUGAGAGUCUCUCGUAUUUCCUCCACAGGAGUCGGUAUUUAAGCAUCUUGGAUUUGCCUUACUGAAGGUGACAGUGAUGACAAUUGGAGAGGUUGACUUUGAAGGAAGAUUCAUGCGUUCCCAGAAUAUCACAAACGAGCCGACGUCUUCUCAGAUAGCUUCUUUCGUUUUCCUCGGCUUGUUCUUAAUUUUAAUGACAAUUGUACUGAUGAACCUGCUGGUAUGCAUUAAGAUAAGAAACUUUUCUGUAACUUUUAAUAGUACUAGUUGGAUGCAUAAGUGUAAAUCAACCAGCGUUCUAUCACAAACGCAGUAGUCUUAUUGGCUUCGCUACGCACUAUCUAUUUGACAUAUAGAUCUCAUGUUAACAUGUGUCUAUCCAGUGUGAUAUAUUAACCUUUAUUUAAUAAGCUCAGUUAUGCACGCACUCUGAUUGGUUCUCACUUAUGAUCUAUUGGAGGACAGACGUUUAGAUGACUUCAUCAUUAAAACUUUUUUCCGUAUAUUUUUAUUCUUUAUUAUAUAAAACAAAUAGGUUCCAAGUUGCCGUGCGUCUGUUCAGUAACAGAUCACAGAGGACGUCAAAAUGUGGUAAGAAUUUUUUGACGUCCUCUGUGAUCUGUUACUGAACAGACGCACGGCAACUUGGAAUCUAUUUGUUGAUUAACCGCUAAGAGUGACUAGCAUCUAAUUUCUCCUUACAAUAUCACCACUCAAUCACACAUUGACGUCAUGAGAAUAAAGGAAAUGAUCACCAACUAAAGAAACUCUUGAUUGUUAGACAAAUUCUCCUUGUCAGCACCUUAGUAAAUGUACAGAGAACAGUAUGGAGAAUAUGAAUACUGAUGUCAGAGUGUAGAGGGUUAAGCUGAAUUAUGCGCGCAUUUUGUCUGCUUCUUAUUUACGAUGUGUCGGUAGAUAUACAUCCAUAGAUCACAUCACCAUUGAUAAUGUUUUUCUUUAUCAUAUAAAACAAAUAGAUUCCAUGUAGGCAUGGAUAUGUUCAGUAACAGAUCACAAAAGACCUCAAAAUAAAGAAACAAUGUCAAUGACACACUCAGCUGUGCUUCAUGUGCCACUUUUUGUCCUUACCACAUUUUGACCUUAUCUAUGAUCUAUUACUGAACAGACGCUCGGCAACAUAGAAACUUCCUGUGGAAUACACCACAAAUAACGUCAAUUGUAGUUGAAACAAAAAAUUGGAACACGGGACGCAACCGAGUAUGUCACCGAGUCAAAAUUUGUAUUAUCAAGACGCUUCCAGCGAAUAAAUCAAACUUAAUGCUAUAA